AUGAACAAGCUGGUUCAUGAGGCUUCUCGCACUCUAGAAAUCACAAUCUUAUCCGCAGAAAACCUACGCCUCGAUGGCAAAACUGUUAAAAAGAAUUCUUACGUUAUCGCCAGAGUCGACCCUCACAACUAUGGAUCAACUAAAGCCGAUUUUGAAGGAGGCAGCAGCCCUUCCUGGAACGAGAAGCUUACCCUAGACGUGCCAUAUCAGACACGCUUUAUAACCCUUGAAGUGAAAUGCAGGACUAGUUCAGGAGACAGAGUUAUUGGCACAGCAAGCCUUCCAAUUUCUGACAUACUGGGAGAUUAUACGCCAGAAAGUUAUCUGCAUUUCUUGAGUCACCGUUUAGGGGAUGCAAGAGGUGAAAGGAACGGUAUUAUUAAUGUUUCGGCUAGAAUUAAGAUGCCGAUGGAGUCCGUGAGUCCUGCGGUGACAAAGAAUCCAGUGGGGUAUGGGUGUUCAUCGUCGUGGCAGCAGCCUACGCUGGGAGUACCUGCCGGUCAUCAGAACUAUUGCGGUGGAGUUGUGACUGGCGUUCCUAUUUGGAGUUCAUUUUAA